GUCUUGCCCGCCCCCUCCGUAUCGGGAGAACCAAUAAAAAAGGGCAGCGUGGGGAGGGGAAGAAGCAAGGAAGCAACUCCAGCAGCUAGCUAGCCAGCCCAGUGCCCCAGCCCUGCUGCUUUCCUCCGUCCCUCCGCUACCGAUCGAGGAAGAUGAGGGGCGUCUCCCAUGCCGCGCUCCGGCUGGCGCUGCUCGUCGUCCUCUCUGCUGUUGCCACGCCCCAGCUCGUCGGAGCAGCGAGUGGAGACAAUUCCCUAGGAAUCAUCCAGAACGACAUCAUUGAGACGAUCAACAACCAUCCCAAUGCUGGCUGGACAGCUGGACAAAAUUCUUACUUCGCGAACUACACUAUUGCACAAUUUAAGCAUAUCCUGGGAGUGAAGCCAACACCUCCAGGUUUACUACGUGGUGUUCCUACCAAAACUUAUUCAAGAUCUACGGACCUCCCAAAAGAGUUUGAUGCCAGAUCUAAAUGGUCUGGUUGCAGCACAAUUGGGACCAUACUUGAUCAAGGUCACUGUGGUUCUUGCUGGGCCUUCGGUGCUGUGGAGUGUCUCCAGGAUCGUUUCUGCAUUCAUCUUAACAUGAACAUCUCACUUUCUGUCAAUGACCUAGUGGCUUGCUGUGGUUUUAUGUGUGGUGAUGGUUGUGAUGGAGGAUAUCCUAUCAGCGCAUGGCAGUACCUCGUUGAGAAUGGUGUUGUUACUGACGAGUGCGAUCCAUACUUUGAUCAGGUUGGCUGCAAGCAUCCUGGAUGCGAACCUGCUUAUCCUACACCAGCAUGUGAAAAGAAAUGCAAGGUGCAGAACCAAGUUUGGCAGGAAAAGAAACAUUUCAGCAUCAAUGCAUACAGAGUAAAUUCUGAUCCACAUGACAUAAUGGCGGAGGUCUACAAAAAUGGCCCUGUAGAAGUUGCUUUCACAGUUUAUGAGGACUUUGCACACUACAAAUCUGGAGUCUACGAGCACAUCACAGGUGAAAUGAUGGGAGGUCAUGCUGUCAAGCUGAUUGGAUGGGGAACCAGUGCUGAUGGCAAAGAUUACUGGCUUCUUGCAAAUCAGUGGAACAGAGGCUGGGGUGAUGACGGAUACUUCAAGAUCAUAAGGGGCAAGAAUGAGUGUGGCAUCGAAGAAGAUGUGGUUGCCGGUAUGCCCUCAACAAAGAACACUGUCAGGACCGGCGCCUAUGGAACGGCUAUACUUUGAACAGCGCCGGCCUCAAAUGCAGUUCCAGUUAGCUAUUUUCACGCCAGAUGAAGUGGGUAAACUAGCUUUGGUGGUUCCAAGAAACUAUUCCCCGUACACUAGCACACGUUCACAACGUUGAUAUGUUGUUGUAAUCGCAACACUUGUUCAUAAACAAAAUGGAAUAAUAUCAAGUAUUAUGAAAGCAAGCAAUCGUACGAUGCUUUUUGUA